AUGGAAACCAGGGUAUCAAGGGGAAGAGAGCUUCUUCUCGAGGAGGCGGUGGAAGAUAAGGAGGACAGAAUAAGCAAUCUCUCAGAUGACAUUCUGCACCACAUCCUCUCCUUCUUGCCCGUUCAAUCCGUAGCGAAAACCAGCCUUUUAUCCACAAGAUGGAAUUAUCUCUGGGCUACGACCCCUUGUUUAGACUUCUCCGGGUUUAGCAUAAAGGAGAAAAGGCAUGAAAGAAAAGGAGAGGACAUGGAGUUGAUAAAAAGAAAAGGAGAUGACAUGUUUUUGAUAAUAAAAACAGUAUUGGCUGGUCGCCAUCCAAACUUCAACAUAAAGGUUUUUCGGUUUAAGGGAAAUCUGGGUUGCGCUUAUUUGCGUGAUUGCAUUCGUCAAGUGGUACGACAUAGCGUUGAGGAACUCGAGCUGGACGUGUCGAUGGGUGGUGAAAUAUGUUAUUUGCCUACUUGUAUUUUCAGUUGUGAUUCACUAAAAAGUUUCACACUGAAAACCCAGGACGACCGAGUUGCAUCAUUUAGAUUUUACUCGUAUAAUGUUACAGGAACCAGUGGCCUCCGUUCAUUGCAGGCAUUGUCACUGAAACACGUCAAUUUUAUGGACAGUAAUUCCGCUGCGAUAUUUUCGGGUUCUUCAUUCCCUGCUCUAAAGAGAUUGACUCUAAAUAAUUGUAUGGGAAUAAAUCCGCGUCUAGAUAUUGGUUGCCGAGAGCUUGAAGAUUUACAAGUUGAAGAUAUGAAGAUAAAUUACCUGGACAUCUCAGGUGAAAGACUAAAGAAUUUGCGAGUGAUAUCUUCCUAUCUCACUCGCAAGAAUGGAAGUUGGGUGAAGAUUUUUGCUCCGAAUCUGGAGACUUUUUGCUGGGAAAAUAAUCAGAUUCCUGAGAAAUGUGAAGUAGUGCACAGCUUCCCUUUCCUGAGAACUUGUCGGAUUAAUAUAGUUGGUACUGGUCAUCCUUUCAUCCUUAAUGCGACAAUCAGCUUUCUAUCCAAUCUCGUCACUGCUCCAGACCUUUAUAUUGACAUCCAACAGUCGGCAAAGAUUUUUUCAGCUAUACAAUUCAAGGGUUGUCUUCCAUCUCCAUUUUUGAACCUGAGGACCUUGGCAGUUCUUACUGGUUUGAACAAAAGUGAAAUCCCUGGAAUAGUUUUCUUACUCAGGAAUGCUCCCUUACUUCACGCUCUCAAACUUGAAAUUGUUGGGUUUCAUUAUGAAUGCAGCAGAACUUCAUUGGACUACUCUAGUAUCAUAGAACAAUUAUGGGAAAAUGAAGCUCAAGCUUUGAGAUCCUUCUUCAAUCACCUAAAGGUGUUAAAAAUUCAUGUUCAAUUUUUGGUGUGUGAGUGCGUGAUUAUUGCUACGAGAUUUCUGCUAGAACAAGGGAAUGCCUUGCAAGAAGUUGCUCUUACUUCAAACCACUAUGCCUGGAAGGAAGAAUCUAUUUUUGGCUUUCUGAGGGGGUCUCUUCAUGCCAAAAUAUCAAUUGAUUAA